GAAUAAAGGCCCCCAGUCUUGGGAGACCAACCCACUUGUUUAUGCUUAUUAACUAGGUAACCUUAGCAUUAGCAUAGAGUUGGCCCACAUACUGCUUGGGCUCUGUGGGCUUGUGUGCAUGCUAAAGGAUACAGCCUUGGUAGAGGUGUCGGUCUAAAUGGCAAUUCCUGCUGUAGGCUGGUGUCCUGGGGUGGUUCCUGUGGGUGUACUAUUGUGCUGUGGUGGUUGUGUGUGCGCGAGCCAUGUGUUUGUUUUGACUGUGCGUGCUCCAGCAUAGAGUUAUACAGGCCAUUAUAAAAGCCCCUUUGUGAAGGCGUCCACUGCUGGGAGCUGAUGUGUUGGCGAAUCUGCGCAGGCGUGUGUGUGUGUGUUCCCAGUAGGGACCAGGUUGAGAGAGUGAGCCCCAGUGUACGGCUGGCUCUCUGGCCACCAAGCAAGCAAGCAAGCAGAAUGCUCUCCCUCGUCCACACACACCCUAUCUGUCUCUCCCUUCCUCCCCCCCCAGUGCACCUGAUGCCCACCACUCCGGUGGGGGAGGAGCGGGGCCCCCAGGCCCCAGUGAAGAGCCAGGGGAGAGCCCAGGGCCUGGCUCAGGGGAGAGCCCAGGGCCUGGCUCAGGGGAGAGCCCAGGGCCUGGCUCAGGGGAGAGCCCAGGGCCAGGCUCAGGGGAGAGCCCAGGGCCUGGCUCAGGGGAGAGCCCAGGGCCAGGCUCAGGGCCAGGGGAAGAGCAGGAAGAGGAUCAUCCCUGUCCCCCACACUGAUCCACCAGAGCUGGACCCAGUCUAUGAGGCCUACGGCUAUUGCAACACCCCCAACCACACAGAGCAAGCUUGGGAGGGUCACAGCCCAGCUGACUACAAGUUGCUGGCCGUCCAGGUGAUGAUUCGCCACGGCGACCGCUAUCCACUCUACUACAUCCCCAAAACCAAGCGGCCCACCAUCGACUGUACGCUGUCCCCCAGCAGGAGACCCUCCCACCCCCUGCUGUCUGCCUUCAUCAGCCACAUGGGCCAGGGGGGGCGGGGCACCUGGGAGUCCACCCUGGGCUCCGUCCCCCGCCUCCCCAACCACAGCUCCUGUGAGAUGGGCGAGCUCACCCAGACAGGUGUGGUGCAGCACCUGCGCAACGGCCAACUCCUCCGCCAAGCCUACAGGCGCCACAAACUUCUCCCCCCCGAUUGGUCGCCUCGCCAGGUGUGGGUGGAGACCACGGGCAAGAGCCGCACCCUCCAGAGCGGACUGGCCCUCCUCUACGGCCUCCUACCGGAUUUCAAUUGGACCAAGCUCACCGUCCGCCACCAAUGGAGCACUCUCUUCUGCGGGCCGGCCUGCGACUGCCCGGCGAGGAACCGCUACCUGGAGGAGGAGCAGCGGAGGCAGUACCGCUUACGGGUGGCCAACGGCGAGCUGGAGCGGACGUACGCCGACAUGGCCCGCACGCUGGGCCUCCCCCCCCGCCAGCUCCGGGCCGCCAACCCCAUCGACUCCCUGCUGUGCCACCUGUGCCACGGCCUGCCCUUCCCCUGCGCGACCGGCGGCGACCCCGGCAUGCCCGGAGGCGGCUGCCUGACGCUCGGCCAGUUCGCCGUCAUCCGCAGGCAGCAGCUGGAGGACGAGGCGGACCGGAGGAGGGUGGGGCUGUACCGGCGCUACGCCGUCCUGGCCGCGCACCCUUACCUCAACCGCACCGCCGGCAGACUGGAGCGCAUGGCCCGGGCCAGCGAGCCGGGCGGGAAGGCGCGGCCGGGCGGCGAGGAGGCGUUCGCGCUGUCGUCGGCCCACGACGUCACCGUGGCGCCGCUGCUGAGCGCCCUGGGGCUGGAGGAGGCGCGGUUCCCCAGGUUCGCCGCCAGGGUGGUGUUUGAGCUCUGGAAGAGUCCGGGGACGGCGCCGGGACAGCGGAAGCGCCAGGAUGCUGGCGGGGUCAAAGGUCGGAAGGCGAAGGGGAACAGGGACGCGUUCCUGCGGGUGCUGUACAACGGGGAGGACGUCACCUUCCAGACCGCCUUCUGUCGCUCCCACGAGCGCUACCCCACUCAGCCCCUGUGCCCGCUGGGGAACUUCCUGUCGUUUGUGAGGCGGGACAUGUUCAGCGUGGUCAACGCUACAUCUUACCACGAGGCUUGCUACAGGAGGACAGGGUAGGAUGGAGGGAGGAAGGAUGCUCCUCGGUUCCACUUAAAUGCGAGUGCACUUUGCACUAUUUUUGUCUUAAAACGAUUCUAGAAUAACAUUCCUCAUAUAUCUGUUCUGAGAGCCACACUCACCCUUCUCCUGCCUUCACGGUCAUGUCUUAGCCAGAUAGAAAAUACUAAAUGCUUGCAGACCUUGUGGUAUCGACAAUUGCAUCUUGACCCUUACAUUUUUACACAUUUCUACAGCUUUUCAAUGUUCUGUAGGUUUGUUGUGACAUUUGUAAGCUAAGGGGAGCAUUGAUGUGGAAUUCUAUGGGCACUCAGCCACUUUAUCCCAGCAUUCCUUGGAUAUCCAUGGGAAUGUAAUGAUUUCUGUGUUUUCAUUAUAAAGGGAAUGUUGAAAUGGAAACACAAUGCUGGAUUUGUAAUUCCUGUUAUUUCUACUUUUACUUGGAAUUUUCUCAUGAUUGUCAUUCCAUAUAGAUUUUGUAAUACCUUUGAUUGAUAGUGCUGAGGACCAACCAUAUUGUACCACGUUUUUUUAAGAACUGACAAGACACAGCUAUGGACACUAGAAAAUCUGUGUUUGUUUUAAAGUAUUUUGUUAACUUAAUACAUUGCUGUUUGUUAUUAAAUGUAACAGUGACACUUUGAUAAAAAAU